CAGCCGACCCCUCGCCGCGGCUUACACCUUGCCGGCGCGCGGUUGGUAGGAGGAAACCAUCCAAGCUGUUUUCUCCUUGAUGCCAAGAUACGCCACGCUAGGAGCACCUUUCCCUUCUCACAGCCAGCCGCCAAGCACGGGCCUGCAGGACGCAGGCACCCAGGCCGGAGUUUGCCUGCUGCCCCAGCCCCACCACCGCCAUCUGUGGGCUGGGGUUGCGCCGACCUCUGAGUGGUACCCGAGUGACAUCCCCAGCAUGGUUCAGCCCUCUGGCUCUUGAAGCUGCUCUGCCCAUGUGUCCUCCGGCUGUAGCCACAACCACUGCUGUUGUGUGGCCAGGCAUCCGCUGGGGCUAGGAGUGGGGCCCUGCUGUUCAUGGGUCUCUAGGGUGUCCAAGAUGUUCGGGAAGAGAGGAGUGGGCUGGUGGUGGGCACAGCUGCCCCUUUGCCUGCUCUUCAGCCUUGCCGGCCCCUGGCUACCUUCCUCCCUGGGGAAGCCCAAGGGCCACCCGCACAUGAACUCCAUCCGCAUAGAUGGAGACAUCACAUUGGGAGGCCUGUUCCCUGUGCACGGUCGGGGCUCCGAGGGCAAGGCCUGCGGGGAACUGAAGAAGGAGAAGGGCAUCCACCGGCUGGAGGCCAUGCUCUUUGCCUUGGAUCGCAUCAACAACGACCCGGACCUGCUGCCCAACAUCACGCUGGGCGCCCGCAUUCUGGACACCUGCUCGAGGGACACCCACGCCCUGGAGCAGUCACUGACCUUUGUGCAGGCGCUCAUCGAGAAGGACGGCACGGAGGUCCGCUGUGGCAGCGGCGGCCCACCUAUCAUCACCAAGCCCGAGCGCGUGGUGGGGGUCAUCGGGGCCUCGGGGAGCUCCGUCUCCAUCAUGGUGGCUAACAUCCUCCGCCUCUUCAAGAUCCCCCAGAUCAGCUACGCCUCCACAGCCCCCGACCUGAGUGACAACAGCCGCUACGACUUCUUCUCCCGCGUGGUACCCUCGGACACAUACCAGGCCCAGGCCAUGGUGGACAUCGUCCGCGCCCUCAAGUGGAACUACGUGUCCACGUUAGCCUCUGAGGGCAGCUAUGGUGAGAGCGGCGUGGAGGCCUUCAUCCAGAAGUCCCGCGAAGAUGGGGGUGUGUGCAUCGCCCAGUCGGUGAAGAUUCCACGGGAGCCCAAGGCCGGCGAGUUUGACAAGAUCAUCCGGCGCCUUCUGGAGACCUCGAACGCCAGGGGUGUCAUCAUCUUCGCCAACGAGGAUGACAUCAGGCGUGUGUUGGAGGCAGCCCGCAGGGCCAACCAGACGGGCCACUUCUUCUGGAUGGGCUCCGACAGCUGGGGCUCCAAGAUUGCCCCCGUGCUGCACCUGGAGGAGGUGGCCGAGGGGGCUGUCACCAUCCUCCCCAAGAGGAUGUCCGUGCGAGGCUUUGACCGCUAUUUCUCCAGUCGCACGUUGGACAACAACCGGCGUAACAUCUGGUUUGCAGAGUUCUGGGAGGACAACUUCCACUGCAAGCUGAGCCGACACGCACUCAAGAAAGGCAGCCACCUUAAGAAGUGCACCAACCGAGAGCGCAUCGGGCAGGACUCGGCAUAUGAGCAGGAGGGGAAGGUACAGUUUGUGAUCGAUGCUGUGUACGCCAUGGGCCAUGCGCUGCACGCCAUGCACCGUGACCUGUGUCCUGGCCGCGUGGGACUCUGCCCACGUAUGGACCCUGUGGACGGCACCCAGCUGCUUAAGUACAUCCGAAACGUCAACUUCUCAGGCAUUGCAGGGAACCCAGUGACCUUCAAUGAGAACGGUGAUGCCCCUGGACGCUAUGACAUCUACCAGUACCAGCUGCGCAAUGGCUCGGCCGAGUACAAGGUCAUCGGCUCCUGGACGGACCACUUGCACCUCCGAAUAGAGCGGAUGCACUGGCCAGGGAGUGGGCGGCAAGUGCCACGCUCCAUCUGCAGCCUGCCCUGCCAGCCAGGCGAGCGGAAGAAGACCGUGAAGGGCAUGCCCUGCUGCUGGCACUGUGAGCCCUGCACGGGGUACCAGUACCAGGUGGACCGCUACACCUGUAAGACGUGUCCCUAUGACAUGCGACCCACGGAGAACCGCACAGGCUGCCGGCCCAUUCCCAUCAUCAAGCUCGAGUGGGACUCUCCCUGGGCCGUGUUGCCCCUCUUCCUGGCCGUGGUGGGCAUUGCUGCCACACUCUUCGUGGUGAUCACCUUCGUGCGCUACAAUGACACGCCCAUCGUCAAGGCCUCGGGCCGCGAGCUGAGCUAUGUGCUGCUGGCGGGCAUCUUCCUGUGCUAUGCCACCACCUUCCUCAUGAUCGCCGAGCCGGACCUGGGGACCUGUUCGCUGCGCCGGGUCUUCCUCGGCCUGGGUAUGAGCAUCAGUUACGCGGCCCUACUCACCAAGACCAACCGCAUCUAUCGCAUCUUCGAGCAGGGCAAGCGGUCGGUCAGCGCCCCACGUUUCAUCAGCCCCGCCUCGCAGCUGGCCAUCACCUUCAGCCUCAUCUCCUUGCAGCUGCUGGGCAUCUGUGUGUGGUUUGUGGUGGACCCCUCGCACUCAGUGGUGGACUUCCAGGACCAGCGGACGCUCGAUCCCCGCUUUGCCCGGGGAGUGCUCAAGUGCGACAUCUCGGACCUGUCGCUCAUCUGCCUGCUGGGCUACAGCAUGCUGCUCAUGGUCACGUGCACCGUGUACGCCAUCAAGACCCGAGGCGUGCCCGAGACCUUCAACGAGGCCAAGCCCAUUGGCUUCACCAUGUAUACCACCUGCAUCGUGUGGCUGGCCUUCAUUCCCAUUUUCUUCGGCACCUCACAGUCGGCAGACAAGCUGUACAUCCAGACCACGACGCUGACGGUCUCGGUGAGUCUGAGCGCCUCCGUGUCCCUGGGGAUGCUCUACCUGCCAAAGGUCUACAUCAUCCUCUUCCACCCGGAGCAGAAUGUGCCCAAGCGCAAACGCAGCCUCAAGGCCGUUGUCACCGCUGCCACCAUGUCCAACAAGUUCACGCAGAAGGGCAGCUUCCGGCCCAAUGGUGAGGCCACCUCCGAGCUGUGCGAGAACCUGGAAGCCCCAGCACUGGCCACCAAGCAGACCUACGUCACCUACAGCAACCACGCAAUCUAG